CCUAGCGCUCUCUCUCUCUCCCCCCCCACCCUCCCUUCGCCUAUAGCUGAGGCGGCGGCUCGUCGGCGGCGGCGGCGGCGGAGGAGGAGGAGGAGGAGGAGGAGGCAGCAAUGGGGAAGACGAAGGGGAAGCAGCGGCAGGACAAGUUCUACCACCUCGCCAAGGAGCAGGGGUACCGGAGCCGCGCGGCCUUCAAGCUGCUCCAGCUCGACGCGCGGUUCCGCUUCCUGCCGACGGCGCGCGCGGUGCUCGACCUCUGCGCGGCGCCCGGGGGAUGGGUCCAGGUGGCCGUCAACCACGCGCCCGUGGGGGCCUUCGUCGUCGGCGUCGACCUCGUCCCCAUCCGCCCCAUCCGCGGCGCGCACUCCCUCACGGAGGACAUCACCACCACCAAGUGCCGCGCCGCCGUGCGGAGGCUCAUGGACUCCAACGGCGUCGCCGCGUUCGACGUCGUGCUCCACGACGGGUCCCCCAACGUCGGUGGCGCGUGGGCGCAGGAGGCCACCGCGCAAUCGUCGCUCGUCAUCGACGCCGUGCGCCUCGCCACCAUGUUCCUCGCCCCCAAGGGUGCCUUCAUCACUAAGGUUUUCAGGUCUCAGGAUUACAACGCUAUUAUGUACUGUCUUAAACAGUUAUUUGAGAAGGUUGAAGUCACUAAACCUACUGCAAGUCGUUCUACGUCUGCAGAAAUUUAUAUUAUCUGUCUGAGAUAUAAAGCUCCUGCAAAGAUUCAGCCAGAACUUUUGGAUAUAAAGCAUUUGUUCAGUGUGGAUCCAGAUCCUAAAAAGGUUAGGGAUCCUCUCAAGCCGGACAGACAGAAGAGGAACCGUGAUGGAUACGAAGAAGGAAAUACAACAUUGCGAAAAGUUGGUCUGGCUUCAGAUUUUAUAUGGUCUGAGGGCCAAACGCCCCUAGAGUUUCUUGGUUCUUUUAAUGCAAUUUCAUUUGAUGACCCAGCAUCUCUUCCUAUCAAGAACCAUGAGCUUACUACAGAUGAGAUAAAAGCUCUUUGUGAGGAUUUGUAUGUACUGGACAAAAACAGCUUCAAGCAUAUCUUGAAAUGGCGGAUACGCAUACGGAAAGCACUAUCAUCUUCUGAAGUCACUAAAAAAACUGAUGAUACUGCGGUGGAAGUCAAUGUCAAGGAUGAUGACCAACUUCUACAGGAAAUGGAAGAAUUGACGAGUGUCAUUGAUAGAAAGAAGAAGAGAGAAAAGAAGCGUCAAUCAAAGCGCCGUGCAAAGGAUAAAGCACGCAAAGCAACAGGAAUGCAAAUAGAUGCUACAGGAGAUAAUUACGGCGAUCCUGAUUUGUUUUCUAUAAGUGCUAUCAAGGGCGGAAAAGAACUCCAAGCUAUUGAAUCGGCUGAGCUUAAUGUAGAAGAUGCCCAAGGAGAUAGUGAGAAUGAGGAUAUUCAAACUCGUGAAUACUCUGAUGAGGAAAUGGAUUCUGACGAAGAACAGCAGAGGUAUGAUGCCCAACUUGAGGAAAUGCUUGAUGAAGCUUAUGAGCGUUAUGUAACUAAAAAGGGUGGUGAAGUGAAACAAGAACGCAAGCGUGCAAAACGAGUAAAUACUGAUGCUGAUGAAGAAUUAUUAGAGGGAGGUGAAGAUGACGGUGACGAUGUUGACAUGGAUCAAGGUUCUGAUGAAGAGCAAGAUCAAGAGACCAAUCCCCUUUUAUUAUCCCUAGAUGCAGAGAAACCAACAAAAGAGCAGAUGAUGGAGCAGUGGUUCAGCCAGGAUGUAUUCACAGAAGCAGGAACAGGUGUGGUUGAGCAGAGUGAUAGUGAAGAUGAAAGAGAGCAGCUAACUAGGAUUGCAAAAAAGAAGGCGGAUUCUGGAAAGAAGGAAAAGUCUGCUAAAGCAAAACACUUGCAACAGGACGAUUUUGAGAUUGUGCCAGCAGAACCAGUCCGAACUGAAGAUGACUCAUCUUCAUCUUCUGAUGAGUCUGAUGAACUAGAUGAGGACCUCGACGAUGACACAAAAGCUGAAGUACUAGCCUAUGCAAGGAAGAUGUUGAGGAAGAAACAGAGAGAGCAGAUACUUGACGACGCUUACAACAAGUACAUGUUUGACGACGAGGGUUUACCUAAAUGGUUUGCUGAGGAUGAAAAGAGGCAUAACCAGCCUAUGAAGCCUGUAACAAAAGAGGAGGUAGCUGCCAUGAGGGCUCAGUUCAAGGAGAUCGAUGCUCGGCCAGCCAAGAAGGUCGCUGAGGCUAAGGCUCGGAAGAAGCGCGUCGCCAUGAAGAAGCUGGAUAAGGCGCGCCAGAAGGCAGAUGCCAUCGCAGAUCAAAACGACAUAAACGAGCAGUCAAAGAGGAAGAUGAUCGACAGGAUUUACAAGAAGGCGAUUCCAAAGAAGCCCCAGAAGGAGUACGUUGUCGCAAAGAAGGGCGUUCAGGUGAGGGCUGGCAAAGGGAAGAUACUGGUGGAUAAGCGUAUGAAGAAGGACAAGAGGGCCAGCAAAGUGAAGGGUGGCAAAGGAGCUAAGGGCAAGGGGAAGAAGGGCGGCGGCCAGAAAGGCGGUAUGCGAGGGAAAGCUGGGAGGAAAGCCCAAAACUGAGUAGCAAUAGAGCAUGACUGAAUUUUCUACUGAAUUUUUGUUCAGUGGCUCUACUGCUCAAUUUUUGUUUACUUAUAACUUACCGAAUUCAUAUGUACGGAAUUUUUAAAUGCGUGAAUUAUCAGUUGUCUCGUCAGAUUAUAUUUUCAGUCC